AUGAGUGUAUUUAAAAACUUGAGGGUAAUAACUGAUGCUUAUGCCAGCUCUAAUAAUCCGUAUUCCAAAAUCUAUGGACAAGAACUGCAUACGAUUCUCCACACACAAAAUUGGGAAUUCCAGGAUAUUGACAGUGAUUCCGACCAGAUGGAUGGAAGGAAUUCAAAUCAGAUUAUUCCAUCAUCAAAAGCUAAAGUAAAAUCGUUAAAGAAGACGCCAGAAAACUCUACUCAACCUUGUAUAACUGUGGAUCAAUAUGCUAUUCGCAUUGCGAUGCUAUCAUCAAUUGUAGUUGCCGGGUCGCCAAUACGGCAAUCACGUGCAAAGAUCAGUUCGAGUCCUCAACAUGGUUCAUCCCUGUCUUUACUUGCAGUAGGAGGGAAGUCUGGUCAAGUUUCUAUGUGGAGAAUUUCUGUAACAGAGUAUUAUUCUGUUGACCAAAGCAGGGAGCCAACUACGCUGACGCUCAUUAAAAUCAUUCAGGCACACAAUUCAUGGAUCACAGCAAUUAGUUGGGCAUUGCUUGAUUCUGAUUCGUCAAACCCUCAACUUCUAUUGGCUACAGCGAGUUAUAAUGGAAGUGUGAAGAUACAUAAUGAACAACUACUUAAGUCAUCAGAACCCAAUAGCACGUCCUUUUCCUUGUUAAAGGAGGUUGGAAAGGUUGAUAUGAUUCCAGUUUCUCCACUUUCAGUUACAGUGCCUGCUCAGACAAUGCACCUGGCAGUUGGCAAAGGUUCGGGCUUAUAUGAAGUGUGGAUCUGCAACAUCUCUGGCCGAAAAUUUCAUAAAAUCAUUCCAUGGGAUGGGCACUCCCAGAUUGUUACAAGUUUAGCUUGGGCUUUUGAUGGAAGAAUUUUGUACACCUGCAGCCAGGAUAAUUUUGUACGUGGUUGGAUUCUUAGUGGAAGUUCCCUGUGUGAAGUACCUAUUCCCUCAAAUGCUCCUGGUCUGAGAAGCUCCACCGAACUUGCAGAUGGAUUUGUUUCUUGCUUUGGUGUGGCAGUGUCCCCUGGAAAUAUCGUAAUUGCUUGGAUCAAUUCUUUUGAUGUUGAUCAAUUAAAUCCAAUGUACGAGGCAAGAUGGAUUAAAGGGGAUUGGCAAGAAAAAAAAAUUCGCGUUUCAGCAAACAGUUUCCUGGAUCAUGAUACUAAAGCAAUUCCUGGCUCUUCUGAGAAAGAAUUGGUUGAUUGGGAAUCCAAUAUUAUAUGGUCUUUAAAGCAGUAUGAGACUCAGGAUAAGCCUCUUGUUGUUUGGGAUAUUGCUACAGCAUUAUUGGCAUUUAGGCCAUCUAAACCAGAGUAUGUAGACCACGUACUGAUUAAGUGGCUCUCUGUCACCUCUGUGGGAUGUGAUUGAAACUCUUCUGCUGAAAAUCUUCUUUGCAUGCCUCCCGAAAUUUUUCAAAAACUUACCUCUCGCCAACUACACCUCAAUAUUCUUUGUAGACGCGUGAUACUAUCAGAAAUGAAGGCUGAUGAGAUAAAUAACAAAUUCCUGAAUGUUGAAAGAGUGGAUGGUGCUAAAGAGGAUAAACUGAUUCUGUGGAUCAAUCUGCUUUUGAACAGUGAAAGAGAACUCCGUGAGAGGCAUGUGGGUUUUACAUUUUCUUCUCUUAAUCGUCAAGUGUUUGCUUCAGCUGCAAAUUCUGAAUCUAGACAUUGGCUUCCUGUUGGUCGCAAAAUGGAGCAGUGGAUUGAGCUUAACCAAGAUUGUGUGCAGGAUCAACUGAGGAUUCUUGCAGUAGAAGUUAGGAAGCAUGAACCGAGAAGAGCUCUCAAACUGGCACCAGAGACUCUCUUUGCAAUCCCUGGUUCGCAGUGUCCCUUGACUCCCUUCUGCGGGGUUCUGCUGCAGAGACUUCAACCGGAUUUUCUACUUUCUGCAUCACCCACUUAA